UCGACGCUCCUCAAACUAUCAUUUUCUUUUUUUUUUCUUAAUUAAUUUAAAUAAAAUAUCAUUACAACCGGCACAAAGUUUAACAAUAAAUUUAUAAAUUUAUCUUUUAAUAAUAAAUAAAAUUUAAAGAUGUCAAAACAACCAACGAGACAAUUGUCUCUUCAGCAAGUACCAAAAAGAACAAGUCAAAUUAGAAGACAAAGAUCAGCUGAUGAUCAAAGAACAAAUGAAUCCAACAUGUUGCUUUAUCACAGUAUUUCAAAUCAGCCAAUAAGAUCUAGACGUGAUAAAUCAAGUUGGGUCUCAACAGAUAGACCAAAAGUACGAAUUGCAUGGACAUCUAGCAUUGAAAAAGAACCAAAAGUUGAAAUAAUUGCCUCAAGAAUUGGUACAGCAUCAAAUAAGAGAAAUAAUAUUAAUGGUAAUUCAUCUGUUACAUCGUCAGUUAUUGGAAAUGAUAAAGCAACAAUUUUAUAUUCACGUCAAGAGCUUGCUGAACGUCUUCGACUUGCUUGGAAACAACGUGAAGCAAAUAAAUCAAAUAUUGAUAUUUUUUUAGCUCAUGAUAUGACAACAGAGGAGAGAUGUGAUUCUCGAAUGUCAUCAUCAAGUGUUGAUGAUAAAAAUAGCCAUGAUAAUGAAGAACAAAUUAAAGCUGAUGUUGUUAAUUCAACUGAUGAUCCAUCAACAGUAUUUCCAGUCAAUAAUAAUAAUGAUGAUCGUUUGUCUAAAUCAAAAUAUCAAGUUGGUAAUUAUGCUAAUGUUUUUGAUAAAAAUGUUAAAAUUACAAUGAUCCAAGAUGCAAGAUCAAAGAGAGCCAGUUUUCAAUCUGGAACAAAUUUAGCAUUUAAUGGUAAUUUACCAAGGACAACAAUUGUCUCACCAUUGAUCAAAGAAUCAUCUGAUAAAUUAGAAAAAUUAAAAGAUAAAACAAAUAAUAAUACGUUGACUGAUCAAAAAACAAAAAGAACAAAUUCAGCUCCACCAUUACAACGAAGAAUUGGUUUAACAAAUAUUGUAGCAUCAAAACCACGUGUUAAUAUUAUCAUUGAUACACCAAAAAUAUCAAAACCACGUGAUCCAUUAAGUGCUCAAAAAAUUGAUAAAAAAGAAUCAAAAGAUUGUGAAAAAAUAAAUUCUAAUUUAGAUAAUUCAAGUGUUAAAAAUUUAUCAUCAACAUCAGCAACAUCAACAGAACGAGUUGUUAAAACAAAUAAAAAAAGAUCAAGAAAUGGCAAAAGAAGAGUUGAUGAUUUUAGUAAAAAAAAUGAACGUACUAAAUCAACAUGUGAUAUUGUUACAAUGGUGUCACUUGUGAGUGAUGCUGACAGUGAUUCUGAUGUUGAAAAAAAUUCACCAAGAGAUGAUAAAUUAGUACGUCAAUUAAAAUGUAAUUUUCCAACAACGCCAAUAAUUAAAAGUUGUCCAUUAACAAUAAAUUCUGGUAAUUUAACAAAUUCAAUAAUUGACAAUAGCAAUAAUUCAUUGAUACCAAGAAGAGUCAUAAAAUCAGUAUCAUUUCAGCAAGAUUAUUCAGCAAUUGAUGCUGCUGAUAUACAACACAAUGAUUUUAUACCAAAAAUAAUACAAGACAAUGAUGUGAGAACAAAUUGGCAAACAACUUGUGAUGAUGAUCCAAAAUUAUCAUCGAAAAAUUCAAUAAAUUAUUGGCAAGGUAUUAUUGAAGAAUCAUCAACAUUGACUGAUCGUGAGAAACGAUGCUUAGUCGUACCAAUCGGUGAUCAAAGAGAUAAAAAAAGAAAAUUUCAAAUUCAAAAAAUAAAAAAUAAUACAACUAAAAAUGAGGAACAUCAGCCGAAUAUUAUUCAAAUGGAUAUGAAAGAUUUUGGAUCUGGAAGAUCAGUAUCAUCUGGUGGUUUGAAUGAGACAACAGUUAGGUCUGGAAGUUCAGUAACACUUACAGCAUCAAUAUCAAAGCUAGUCAAGUCAAGUAGCCUUGAUCAAGAUUUUGUUGAUCAAGAAGCUGUUGAUGCUGAUGUUGAACCACAUUUAAGAACAACCAAGGAAAAAGAAUGCUGGCAUCUUUAUAGAAAAAUGUGUGACAAGGGUGUUUGUGUUAGCUUUGAUACUGUAUUGAGGGGCAUGUUGACACCAACAGAAUAUCGUCUUCGUCGACGAGAAAUUACCCAACAAAUUUAA